GAAAUGUUCGGAGUGUCCGAAAUGCUAUUCGUCGUCUUGGCUUUGACAUCAAAGAUGUGCAAACACCAGAUGACAUUUUAAAUGCAAAAAGCCUAAUUUUCCCUGGGGUUGGGGCAUUUGCUGCAGCUAUGGAUGUGCUAAAUCAGAAUGGGAUGGCGGAAGCACUUUGUGCUUACAUUCAGAAUGAUCGCCCGUUUUUAGGCAUUGCUCUUGGAUUGCAACUACUUUUCGAGUCGAGUGAGGAGAAUGGACCAGUGAAAGGUCUUGGCUUGAUUCCUGGCUUAGUUGGACGUUUUGACUCGUCUAAUGGUUUAAGAGUACCUCAUAUGGGCUGGAAUGCUCUGCAAAUAGCAAAAGACUCUGAAAUUUUGGAUGAUAAUGGAAAUCGUCUUGUCUACUUAAUUCACUCAUACCGUGCCAAACUGUCAGAUAAUAACAAAGAGUGGGUUUCAUCUACUUGCAACUAUGGUGACAAUUUUAUCGCAUCUGUCAGAAAGGGAAAUGUACAUGCAGUUCAGUUUCACCCGGAGAAGAGUGGAGAUGUUGGUCUUUCUAUAUUGAGAAACUUCUUGUAUCCAAAAUCUCACACGACGAAGAAGCCAGUUGAAGGGAAGGCUGUAAAACUUGCAAAGAGGGUAAUUGCUUGUCCGGAUGUAAGGGCAAAUGAUGAAGCGACCUUCUUGUAACCAAAGGAGAUCAAUAUGAUGUCAGGGAGCAUACAGAAGAGAACGAGGGCAUUGAGGUUGCAAUUUCUAACUUAUUUCCUGAGGCAAGCCAUAUGAUUUGUUGUAGGCACUUGUUUAACACUUUUAGGAAGGAUAAUCCUGGGUUGUUGUUGAAAUUUUUUUUUCUAGAAAGCUGCAAGAUCAUGCAAUGAACUUGAAUUUAAUGAUGCAAUGAAUCACAUGAAUGAGUUUGUACAGAAGCUCAUGAUUGGCUAAUGGACAGGCAUUUGGAAAUAUGGUUUAGGGUGGGGUAUGGUGAGACAUCAAAGAGUGACCAUAUCACAAACAAUUUAACUGAAUCCUUCAACAACUGGGUUGGUCAUUAUAGGUCUAAGCCAAUCUUGAAUAUGCUUGAGUGGAUUAGGAUUAAAUUAAUGGUGAGAAUCCAGAAAAGGUAUCAGAAAGCUUUAGCUUGGAAGGGAAAUUUAAUACCAAAUGCCUUGAAAAAAUUAAACAAAUCCAUUUAAGAAUCAAGAGGGUGUAGAGUUUGUCCUGCUGGGAGGGAGGAGUUUGAAGUUCAUGAAGUGGUGGGAGUAAGUGUGGUUAAUUUAAACUUGAGGACUUGCUCAUGUAGAGCAUGGCAGAUAUCAGGGAUACCUUGCAGGCAUGCAGCUGGUGCUAUUUCGUGGAAUAGGCAGGACCCUGAGCAUUUUCGUGAUCCUCGUUACAGCAAGGACACAUAUCUACUUGCCUACAGUGGGAUGAUUCAUCCUUUGAUGGAUGAGAAGAUGUGGCCCAAAACUCCAUCAAUUGACUUAUACCCUUCUAAACCAAAAAGAUUACCUGGUAGACCAAGAAAAAAUAGAAGAAGGGAACAAGGUCGGGACGGCCUAAGUUUUUCAACCCGGUGCGUCAGUGAUGAACUGAAAGAUGACCCGAUAACGGAUCCGAAAUGCAGAACUAAAAGACAAAACAACGGUCUCUAGAGAUACAUCAUGGCUCUAAGACACCAUUAUGACCCCCAACGAGGUCACGGAACCCAAAGGAAUUAAAUGGGGAAGCAACGUUUUAAAAACAAACAAGAUUGAACCUAGGGGCAAAAUUGUCAUUUCCAGCUUAAAAGUGGAUGCCACCGAGCACACCAUUGGAAAGACAACGAAAAAUUAAUGAAUUUAGACUCAAGAAUCACUUGAUUCGGAGUCCGGAUGAAGAAAAUAUGGCUUACGGAAGAAGAAUGGGCAAAACGGUCAAAAAGUGCAAACCCUAAAUCAUUUAACCGGUUACCAAGCCUUCCUAACCGGUUAGGAGACAAAAAAAUUCGACCAAAACACUGCCCAAGCACAUGUAACCGGUUACCAAACUUCUCGUAACCGUUUACAUGUGAAGGAGGCAGAAUGGGCAGUAAGAAAUUCUGGCAGCAGGGGUUUUUUCGGAAAAAAAAAAGAAAUUUGAAGACCUAGAUGAUAUUUUCUGGAAAAUCUCAAAGAAUAAACCCCCCUCAAAAUUGAGUUUUCUAUGUGACUGGCGAGGAAAAUCGAAAAAUACACAAUGUGAAAUUCCCAAAAUGCCCCACCAUGAAAACUAGUCCAGAGGGUCCAAAAAGCUGCUAAAUUUAAAAACUGAGAGCUGAACUUUGGAUGCGAUUUCUGAUGCCAAGAUGGCAUUUUCUAGAAAAACGCAAAAAAGAAACCCCCCCUAAAAUCACAUUUUCUAAGUGACCAUGUGAAGAACGGAAUUUAUUUCCCAAAGAAAAUUUCCAAAAUACCCUUAGGUCAGAAUAUGCAACAAAAGUGUAAAAUGAGUCCGUUGGAGGCUCAUUUCACCAAAGAAGAAGCUUUGCCCGGAAACGACCAUGCACGCAAACGUAACUUACCUAGUAAGAUGUGCUACAAUUGUCCAUGGUCCAAAAAUAUGGCCGAUGCAAAAAAUGACCCCCCAACGGCCAAAAUGCCAAAAAAUGAAGUUUGGAAUGAAAACUUGAAACCUAAAAUCAUGAAAUGAUUUCAAAAUGUCGUUUGGCCCUUGGCCACACUUCAUGCGUGUUAAAUGAAUGCUAAUGGAAGAAGUUCAUACACAAUGCAUGCUCUGGUGCAAAAUAGAUACUAAAACGCAUGGUUUUCCAUAUGUUCUCAUCGAAGGCAAAAAUGAACAUCCUUGACAUAAAUGUAAUUUCAAAAGGAGUUUGGCCAUUGGCCUCAUGUCAUAUACAUAAAAUGAGAAUCAAAAAGUGUGCUUAGGCACACAUUACAAGUCUAGAAUCAAAUAUACACAUUUGACAUAUAAGGUUACAAAUGGCUUUUCAAGCUAACCUUCACAAGAAUUGAACCCUUCAAGUUCCCAAAUCAUCCAAGCAUGUUGAGAAUCUCUAACCUUGAAUCUUGUACCUGAAAUAUGCCCCAGUAUCGUAGGGGUGAGUAACAUAAAGCUACUCGUAGGAAAUGAGCAUGCAUCGACCUACGUUUUACAAGUUUGCAUGAUUAAUUAUUGUGGUUCAUUCCACUUAACGUCUAUGUCAACGGUGAGACUCAAGGAGCAUCCUAGCUAUCUAAGAUCAUUUCUAGCAUCAAUCACCUCAUUCAUGCAAUUUUAGCAACAUAGGGUCAUGCUUACACAAAGCAACAACAUAGGAGCAUGCUUACACAAAGCAACUAACAUAGAUUCUCAAAGUCAUCAAUUUGAAAUCUAAAGAACGAAAACGACAUAAGUGAUCAUGCCACCUAACGUCUAUGUUCCAAAUGAAUCUAUAGGAUCAUUCCUACUUUACAUUUGAAUAACACAACAAGAAUGUACUUGACAACAUCAAAAGCUUAUAAUGAUUCAUUAAAAUCAUAAAACAAGAAUGUAUUUAACAACAUUAAAAGCUCACAAUGAUUUAUUAAAAACCAUGAACAUGAAUGUACUUAACAACAUUAAAAUGAUUUAUUAAAAUCAUAAAACAUGGAUGUACUUGGCAACAUCAAAAUCUACAAAGAUCAUAAAGUAUGGAUGUACUUAACAACAUCAAAAUCGCCGAUAACCAAAAUCACAAGUCACAAUAUAAACAUGAUUGCUAAUUUGGAAUUGAAUGCGAAAAUAAAUAAUGGAAGACUUGGACAUUUAGACUCGGAAUUCUGUCGAGAUCAAUGGUUGUUUCGGGCACUAACCCGCAGGGAAAACCACCCUAAGUGCGCACUAUCUCAAUUGGGGAGAACUCAUACCUCCCGCACUAAAGCCGAACUUUAGCCAUAUCAUAGUAACCAUGUCCCAAGUGACUCCAAAAUAAAUAAGUUAACAACUUAUAUAUAUACGAAAUCACAUCCCAUGCACAAGUAGUUUGUAACCACACAUUACAUGCUCUAAAUCCACAACUACUAUAGGAUGACAAAUGUCGAAUCUUCAGAGCGCGAUUCGUUACGCGCUAUAUAACAUCACAUGUCGAAUCUUCAGUAUGCGAUUCGUUACACGCUAUGGCAAUAUAAUCUAAUAUUGAAAUCACAAAUUCAUGAAUCCAUUACAAGUCAAAAAGUAUGCUUUAAACAUACAACCAUUGUCAAAUACAUGAUCAAAUCAUUAAUGCAAUAGAAACGAAAAUUUAUCAAAUAACCAAAUUAAUUUCCCUAAGCUUCAUACCUCAACCAAAUGGUCCCUAAUUAAAACAUGUUAUACAACAUAUCAUGGUAUCCACAUAUAUUCACUAAAAUCUCAAGUAGGACAAUGGUACAACAAGGUAGAAUUUAAUUAUAUCAUGAUAAUUAAACUUCUAAAUUUCAAGCAACUUCAAAUGGUCCCAAUUUAAUACAUAUUAAUACACAAGUCCUAGUCCUCAUGAUUAUUAAGUUAAAAGCUUAACUAGGCCUAGGGAACCAUUAAAUAGAUUUUAAUUAAUCAUUUAAGUUAAAAUCUCUAGAUUUUCAUACUUGUCCAAAUGCUCUCAAAUUAAAGUAUGUUGACAAACAUGCUUAGACUUAAUUUAAAAGCAUACUACAAGUUCAUUUCAUGCAAGGUACGGCCAUGAAAUUUUAUCUUUCACAAAAGAAAAAUAUUAAAUAAAAAGCUCAACUCUUAUUCAAAUAAUCCCUAUUUAAUAUAUGUUAACAAACAUAUUAAAGCUUAAUUUAUCAUCAUGCCACAAUUCAAAUCUAAGUUAUACACAUCCUUGAAAUUUAAAUCUUACGCAAAGAAAUAAAUAAUACUAACUUUCUAGAUUUGAUACAAGGCAUACAUAUGAGUUGUAUAAUCCUGGAAAACACUCAAUACAACACACAAACAAUCCUAAAACAUUCUCUACCUCCAUUUGAGAUGAAAUCUCAAAUCCCCACCAAAAUGAAACAGCUCCGAAUCCGACGAAACUUUUAGGUUUUGUCGGGGACAACACGAUCUACAUGAGCCCCCAAGAAGCCCCAUGAAAAUCCAAACUUGACCUCAAUCCCGAACUCAAAAUUUGGUCAGAAAUGGUUUCUAAUAAGGGGGAAAGGUGCACGACAUCAAGGCAAACAUUAAACGUUAAGGCCGAAGACUUUUCAUCAAGGAAAAGUGGAUCAAAGGAGGAGAGGGAAAGUGGCAGCCAUGGGAAGGAGCUUGGCCGGCCAUGGGAGAGGAAGAAGAAGAAGAAAUCUGAUUUUUUUGUUCUUAAGUCUCAUAUUUAUAGUAAGUCUCAAAAAGUGCCCCGAAAGGGCCUCGCUGGGUCCAGAAAAGUGGAUUUUGAGCAAACGCGCCCAAACGGUGAAACUCCAUGAACAAAAAAGAUUCAAAAUGAGAAAAUAUGAACAACAGAAAAAACAGCGUCGAAAACUGAAUCCCGAGCAGAAAGUUAUGCCCCGAACAAGUUCGGCGGCAAUCGGGUCCAAAAACUCUGAAACUGGAGAAAAACGACUAGAACGGAAUUCUAAGAGUCCAUGACUCGACGAAAUGUGAAAAUGAAUCCCGUACGAGAAUCCAGGCGCAAAACAAGGCAUUUAGCAAUAACUUUCAUUAAUUGCACAAUGGCCCCUCUAAAAAGUGAAAACUGCGAAACUGCCCCAGAAUGAAAAUAUCUUCCAAAAGAUAUUUUCUUAGAUGCCCCUGAAAUAAAAUAUCUUCAAAAGAUAUUUAUGAAAAACAACCCAAGAAAUGAAAAAGAUUAUGAAGAAUUGUGCACCCAUGCCCCUAUGGACACCGGGAGCAACCAGAGUACUUUCUUGCAAAAGUGAAGAUACGUAUUUCGAGGAAACCACUCAAGAUGAAGACACGUGAAGUCAAAAACUAACUCCGAGCACGAAAAGUGAAGUUUUGCCAAACAAGCGACAAACGGGAAAAAGACAAAAUAGGGAAAAAGACGAAACAAGGAAAAGGACGAAAGACGCAUAGUGUCCGAAAAGUGAAAAUGCAGAAUUGACUCGGUCCUCAAAGGAAAUUGUCAAUCCACGGAAAAGAGUCUCGGAAACCAUUUCCGAGCACUCGAGAUGACACUAAGCGACAAGAAACCAAACUCAGAAGGGAAAAGACAACGGAAAAAAUUUAUCCGAAAAAUUCGGGUCAUUACAAAGGUGAAUCUGCCCCUGCAAGUGCAAGUGGAGUACCUAAGAUCUCAUUAGUUGUAACAUGAAAGUAUUGCCUACAAACUGGUCCUAAUAUGAGGACUUGCCAGAGAGCUCAAACAGCAAGAGAAAGAGCUACAGCAGCAAGAAGGAGGGCUGCAAGUGCAAGAGGAAGAGCUCAAACAGCAACAGAAAACAUAAGGUCUCAAACUCAAGGAUCAGAAGGAGCAGGAACUUCUGGUGUUACACAACAGUCCCAAACUACUAGGAGAGGUGGAAGAAAUGUAAGUGCAAGAGGUAGAAGAAAUGUACGUGCAAGAGGAGCUUCUCAACCAAAUGUGAGUGGCAUUGGUGGUAGUUCUCAACAAAAUGUGAGUGGUAGCAGAGUUGGAAGACAGCCAAACCAGAGUGGCAUCAGAGGUGGAAGACAGCCAAGUGAGAGUGGUAUUGGUGUUAAUCCUCCACCAUAGAGAAAGUAGCAAAAGCAGCAGUACCAAGGAAAGAAACACAACAGUGAGCUGGUUUUAGAGAGGGUAACUAGCAGUUGGAGGCUCCUUUGGGUUUUAUUCACCAUACAACAGUGAUGAUUUUUUUAUGACCUACUUUGUUUGAAACUUGUAACUUGUGGUUGACAAUGGUUAUAUUUGUAAGUUUGUGGUUGACAAUGGUUAUGGGUUUUUUUUUUUUUUUUGGUGGUUUCUCUGUAAUAGAUGAUGCUUAAUUUGUGGUUAUAUAUGCAUGUGCAAUGAUAAUAUAUUGAUGAUGCUUCAAUGGUAAAUGUACUCAAUAUAGGUCAAUAUUCAUUGCAUAAUUUUAUUUCAAAUAAAUAGCAAAAACAG